CGGCGGUAUAUGCCAAACACAUACUAUGGCUGAGGUGCCGCCGGCCGUGGGUCGGCGGACGAGCGCCUUCAAUGCGGCUUGCCUCGCUGUUGGGGCCAUCGGGCUGUCCAUCAGCGCGUUUGCAUAUCGCGACAAGCUGGCCGCCUCAUGCGGUGCUGCGCAAGAUGCGCUCACAGAGCACGGUGAGAAUCUUCUGAUCUACCUGAGUGAGGUGGCGGACACCGUGUUCCAGAAGAUUCACCAGCAGUUUGCGUUUGCGUCGCCCAACGAGGUGCUCGAGGGCCGCGUGCGCCAGACCCUCACGCGCAAGACGCCGCCAGCCAACAAGCAAACCCGGCCGCGGGACGAAGACGGAAACUGGGAGAAUGACCCAAUGCACGAUGGGGUGCAGCACCGCGCGCGGCGCACGCGUCACUCCAGCCCGGAGCCAGCCGAGUCGCCCGCCGCAUCCGCGUCCGUGGCUGUGGCUUCGCUAGCUUCCUCACUUGCCUCGCGACCGGGCGCGGGCGCAACCAUCGGCUCCGAGUCGGCAUUGCAGUUCGAUGCUGCCAUGGAAGAGGGCGUCCCUGCCCGUGACCUCGGAAGUGGGGCUGCCGGCGAAUGGCCCUGAGCGCACGCUUGCCCAGCGCUUCCAGUCCGAUCCGGCCGGUCUCAUCGGCGCAACGCUCAAGAGCACGUGGGUCGACGAGACAUACAUGUGCGAAGUGGACAUGAUCCGCAAGUGCGGCGACAAGUACCUCGCUGGCGUGGUGUACGAGGCGGACGGCGUCUACCAAUGGGAGAAGAUCGGCUUGCCGCCCUACAACCACACGCUCGUGUCGGAGCCCAAGGAGAAGUGGCUACGCAACGGCAGCGAGUAUGUCGACGCGAAAGUGCUCAUCAAGCACGAGAGCAACUUCUACCUCGGGGUGGUGAUGGCGUGGCUGCCUCCGUCGGCAGGUGACGACACCACGCUUUACAAGGUGUACCACGAGGGGGAUGGCGACUACGAGGACCUCGACCACGACGAGCUCAUGCACGCGAUCGCAUUGUACAAGGAGCGCAUGUAAGCGCUAUUGACGGCAAGCUGUGGCAUGCGGACCAUGCGAUUACCGCUGGCGCACUGCCGAGCGCGACGCUGCCAGACGUGUCGCACUUUAGGUUCCUGCGUCCUCCGCUCGGCGGCAUCGUUGGGAGGUAGGGCAGAUAGUCUGAUAGACUCUCUCUUGAUAGUCACCGUGCUGGGGACGAGGAUGGAGGCUGCGCUAGCUAAGUUGUUGACUCAGUGACUCUUCAUCACUGCUCUAAGUUCGUUUCAACUUC